AUGGCCAACAAAGCCGCCAUCAUCCCAGCGGCCAAAGCCCCCUUGGAGAUUCAUUCAGUCGACUUUUACCAACCCGAUAGACGAGAGCUUCUAGUGAAGAAUGAAGUCAUUGCGUUCAACCCGAUAGAAUACAAGAUUGCCAAACUCGGGUUGUUUCCGAUCCAGUACCCCUCCAUCCUUGGCGUAUCAUACGGUGGGACAGUUCAAGCAGUCGGUGCAGAUGUUACAGGCUUCAAGGUCGGCGACAAAGUCGCUGUAGCCAAAGCUAUGGGCGCAGCUGACAACAAAUACGGUGCUUACCAGCAAUAUGUUGUCACCCCAGAGGAUGCAGCCAGCAAAAUAUCGCCGGGUAUAGACGUCACUAUUCCUGCAAGCUUGGUUGGAAACCUAAAAACCGUUGUCGGCCUUUUCAGUGGAAUUGCUGGAUUGGACAAGCCUACUUUGGAUACAGCUCCUCCAUCUCAGAAGAAGAAAGUCUUGAUUUAUGGAGGGUCUUCAAGCCUCGGCAGCCUUUCUGUUCAAUACGUCGCGCAAGCGGGGUAUCAAGUAAUCACAACAUCGUCACCGCAGCACGAUGCUUUUGUCUCGAAGCUAGGCGCGACGCAAGUCAUCAACCACCGACAGGAUUCAAGCAACCUUAUCGAUGAAAUCUCUGCCGCCGGACCGUACGACCUUGCUGUCGACUGCAUCUCACUGCCGAACACUAUUGCCGUCAACGCACAAGUUCUUUCCAGACAAGGCGGUGGAAAGCUAUAUACUGUGCUUCCCCCGUUGGGCCCAGAAAAUCUCCCGAGUGGGGUUAAUCGCGAAUUUUCAUCCUGGGGUGCAGUCCUUUCCGACGAAAAGAAUGCUCAGUUGCUGCGUUGGGCCAUAGACACCUAUCUUCCGGAAGGGGUCGCCCUGGGUAAAAUCAUCCCGCUGCCUAUCGAGAAAAUCCCUGGUGGAUUGAGUGGAGUUGAAACUGCUCUUGACAGGCUUCAGAAAGGUGUCAGUGGGGUGAAAUUGGCUGUAGACCCACGGGAGUGA